GGAGUGGAGGUCGGGAAAGUCAUAUAGAAGCCUUCGAUGAAAUGGUAAAACUCAUUUAUGCCUAUGACACGCUUUUGCCUCUCUUCUCGACCAUAUAUAGAUAAGCUCCCACUCUCGGGUCAUAUUCUUGCUUCUUUCGCAUCCCCAAGUAUGUGCCCUCUCAGGUUCAUGUUGGUUUUCUUCUCCGCUUUACUAGCCGGAUACCUCGCCUGGACGACUCUGCGUUUCUCCUCCGAACUCGAGACUUCUUCCUCCGGCGAUCAGUCUCCCUCCAAAACCAAACAUCUUAAUUUCAGAAAGAUGAUUGGAAACGGACUCUGGGUAUUGGUGGACAUGGCCAGCGGGAAGUAUCUGUGGAGGAAUUUGAGGUCCCUCAACAAAGAUAUCCAAGUCAAUGACUCUUAGGAGCUCAUCAAGACUUCUUAUUCUUGUUCCCAUUGUUUGUGUCCAAGUAAAUUCUCUUGAUAUUUCCCCCCUUUGAUAUGGAUGUAGAAUAACUUCCAUUCAUUUUGAUUUUUACAUGUGGCUCGUAUCUGGAUUUCUCCCCGAAUGGUCAAUUCCAUCGAUAUGGCUGAAGACCAAAACAGAACAUUUAUUUCUUCUUUUUUUUUUUGUGCGAAUUUCUUGGGUCAAAGAAUUUCUUAAUUUCGAGAUUUGAGCACAAAACAAUGGUGCACGACAAUAUAUGAAAGAUAUACAGGUAAGACCGUCGCCUUC